CAACAACAACAACAACGACUACUACUACAUCCCUUUGACUGCCAGCCUGAGAUACUUUUCCAUUUUCUACUUCUGUUUGUCAACUAGCCAAAAUGACAUCUCCGCAGGAUGAGGUUGUCACGGACCAGGAUACAGGGCAACACCUGAUAGAGCACGAGGAACGUGAAGAGUCCCACCAUGGCUCCGAGACCUCAGGGUCUGGGACACAAGAAAACAAGGAAAAGGACCAAAUGGAGCGAUUCUACUGGCACAGCCUUUGUCUUUGUCUCAUUCCACCUUUGGUCGCAGCCUACUUUGUGGUCAUCUGGCUGAAAUAUUUGAGCCGGGACUCCAAUCCGGUGAGAUAUGGAUCAACACAAGAGAUAUGGGUUUAUUAUUCAUGGAUCGUCAUCUGUGUGUUCGGCAUUGGAUGGUCAAAGUAUGGGCUCGCUGGCGUCGAGCUGGCGAUGCUUCAAAGGCGCCAGUUCGGAGCCCCCGACACCGCGACAUUGGUCAUGCACAGCGGCAAUAGCUGGAGUGGUCCAGAUGGCUGGCUGAGACUUCUUAACCGUCUGCUCCGGGGCACGCCAGUUCAUGUUCACCUCCCGUGGUAUGUGCUGGCCUUCUUCAGCGCGCUGCCCUAUGUCGCUUUUCCCAUUUCCGGACUGUGCAUGGAACUGUCUGAUGGGUACAUCUUCUCAGCUGCUUCUCCCAAGACGAUUGGAUACAACUCGACACUCUUCAAUAACAGACAGUAUCUUCAGACUGUCGAACGGGGCAAACGUCGCUGGGAAUCAGGAUCAUCGGGCCAGCUGCCUGGCAUUGGGGUCCUGUAUACUCCUGAUUAUCAUUCGCGUGACCAGCUCGAUGGGCUUGAUAGGACCCCAAAUAGGUUUCCAGAAAACGAAUCGGUCCCGGAGGUUUUUGUUGCACCACAGGCUGAAGUCCCCAUUGGUGGUCGUGUCUGGGGAUUGAGGGUGGGAUAUAACUGCUCCGUUGUCGAUCACAUAUCACAAUUCACUCUUGUCACGGAUAAGAGGCGGGUGUCGAAGCAUGCUGAAAUGACCGAACAGUCAUAUGAUUCAGUUAUCCUUUCCACGAAGUCUAAAGGCUCCGUGUACGUCUAUAACAGCAGUUUGAUCGAUCCUAAACAGUCUUCGAACCUCUUCGCCUACCUUGAGAUGGGAAUCAGUAACGUAACUGAAGCCCUAUUCUAUGACGGGACCGAACCGAACACUUUUGACCCCCGGGAUAUCUCCAAGGCUGAUAUUCUCGAAUUGAUUAUAUGGCAAGUGAGACACGAAAGUAGCUAUGAGGAGCAACUACCACCAGAUCUUACUUACAACGAUACAAUCAACGAGCCAGUUUUGGGUGCAGCCCAGCCCAUCAUCCAUCAUCCUAACGGAACCAUCCAAACGAACUCAUCCUUCUUCGACCCCGAAUACGGUCCAGAUGGACUCGAAGGCUACGCGAACACGGGGGUAUACCCGGUCAAAUCCGUCGCGCCCCCCAUCGGUGUAAGAUGUACGCGGUUCUCAGCCCUUGGAUACGCAAACCUGGAUGCCAGAGCUAGCACCUUCCACAAUUUCACCAUCGGAGCAUAUCCCCACUUCGACCUAUCUCGAGAAGAGUCACUCGUGCAACGGUUCGGCUUUGCCGCCAACAACAUCCUCCUGCGGCAGUAUUUCAACAUUUACGAAUCCAUCAGCUCCCCGACUCCCACGACGCAUUCGAACUCGGUGGUGUAUCGGCGGUUCCUUCAGGCGCGAGAGCUACAGAAGUCUGUCAUGUUGGCACACGCCAUCGAUGCCCUGCAGCUCAUGUAUGACGGGGUAGAUAGUUUCGAGCACGCAACUAUCAAUCCAGACCUGAGCUCCUCGCGCCCCGGCAAGGUGCUUACCUCGGGUGUUGUGCCCGCGCUAUGCCCGGUAGUCUUGUUCUUGGUAUGGGCGACAGGAUGCCUGUUGCUUGGGUUGAGAUAUGGGUUUGUUCGACGAUGGUCAGAUACAUUAGACGGAUAUUAUCUGCUCAGCGUUGGGGUCAAUGAUUGGGCUAAUACGGAUGCUCGGGUUCGAGGGUAGAAUAAUCACUUCUGGAGGGCGUGCGGGCGUCAUUGAUGGGCUCAGAGAGUGGGUUAAUACGGCUAAUCAGUGGAUGAACAUCAGAUUAAUGUGGCUUUGACCAAGGUAGAUGGCGAUCGGAACGUCUGGCAUCCGACAUGAUAGCUGAUUCAGGCUGUCCAGGCCUUCAUUUUUUUAUUGUUUAUAUUUAUAUUAUACUCCAUAUCUGGCGAUUUAUUAAUGCAGGGCGGUAGUAGAAUCUGGAAUAUAUCACUAGCCAAAUAUUCGCCGUGCAAUAGCCUCUUUAGCUAAGUGUGGUAACUACCUGAGAUAUGUAGAAAAUCCAGUACGUAUGUUUAUGUGGCUGGGUAUGUCAGUUGCGCUAGUUGCAGUUGCUAUAAUGAUAUGGUUCUUUCUACUUGAAGAAACAGACCGAAACAGAAAGUCUCGUGAUAAGUGAUGUAAUGCGU